AUGUCUCUUUACUACGAUGCCGCCACGGUCCUCACGACUACAACGCAAGAUGGGUCUCUCACGUCCCGGAUUUAUAGCAACAAGCUCGGGCUCAAGUCUAAACCCGCGCACGUCUAUGCCCUGAUUUCCGAGACGGCAAAGUACGACCAGUUUCUCAAGGAGGUCAUAGACAAUGCGGGUCUGUUGGCUCAAGAACCAAAGUUGACUCCAGUUCUUUCCUUGCUCCUGGUUCACGAUCAUAUAUUCGCCAAAAAUGGCCUUGCAGCACCUCCUGCCCAUCCUCUCCGUCAAGCAAUCGAGAGACAUAAAGCCCGCCUGCAGGGCGAGGCUACCAAGGCGCGUUUGCGGAGGAGGUGCGCCUCAGUAGAUGAGCUACAGAGGUUUCUUUUGGCUGGGAAGCCGUCGUCACAGCGAGCGCAGCCACGGUGGGUCAGGGUCAACACGCUGAAGUCCAGCCUUGAGCAGGAAUUUGCUACAACCUUCCAUGGGUACAGAACGGACGCAGGCAUUGCAGAAGUUGUAGGUUCGGCAGGAGCUGAGAAGGUGCUGGGGGUUGAUCGUAAUAUUCCGGACCUGAUCGCUCUGCCUCCGGACGCUGUCGUGACGAAAUCACAAUCUUACAGAGAUGGGAGGUUGAUCCUUCAAGAUAAAGCUUCUUGCUUUCCUGCAUACAUGUUGAUUGGGGGCGCUAGCGGAAUUGCCUCAGUUGGCGAUUGCAUCGACGGCUGUGCCGCGCCAGGGAACAAGACAUCUCACCUUGCAGCUUUGCUCGCACAAGACAGAAAAAUGAAGCACAGGAUCUAUGCAUGUGAGCGGGAUCGAGGCCGGUCGAACACCCUGAAGACCAUGAUGGAGAGGAGUGGAGCAGAUACUGUGACCGUGAAGGCAGGUUGUGACUUCCUAACACUUGAUCCUCACGAUGAGCAGUACAAUAAGGUGUCGCAUUUACUUCUUGAUCCGAGUUGCUCUGGGAGUGGCAUCAUUGGGCGUGAAGACAUUCCCACUUUGGCUCUGCCUGACAAUCCAAGAACUCAACAAUUAGAACUCAACAAAGGGCUAAGAUCCUCGAAAAAGAGAAAAAGAGACCAUGUCGGGUCGACACCUGUCGAGACUAGGACACAAGACUCCAACCAAGCCGAAGAGACGAGAGAAGUCACAGUCGACAAGACAAGACUGCAGAAGCUAUCAAACCUCCAAACCAGAAUCGUCGAGCAUGCUCUUCGUUUCCCGGCAGCCAUUCGAGUCACAUAUUCGACUUGUUCUAUACAUGUGGAGGAAAAUGAAGCCGUUGUGGCUCGGAUCCUAGCGUCACAAGUGGCCAAGGAGCGGGGAUGGCACCUGUUGCGGCGGGAAGACCAAGUGUCUGGGUUGAGCAUGUGGCAGCAUCGAGGUGUUUCCAGGCCGGAAUUAAUGGCAAGCGAGGCACAGACGGAUGGGCGGGUUUUGACCGACGAGGAGCUCGAAGCCUGCAUUCGCUGCAAUCCUGGAGACAGGGAAGGAACCAUGGGAUUCUUCGUAUGCUGUUUAACUCGCUCGACGUCUACUGGAGCGGACUCGGGCGAUGCGACUCCAUCUGACACUACCGAGGGCUGGGAGGGGUUCGGUGACUAG